AUGACCGUUGCUCAAGUCGCCCGAGCGUACACUCUCGAUCCCGAUUCAGGAGACUCAAUCAAGAAGAUUGCUUCUUCAAUGGCAGACGACAUGAUGUCAUUUUACACAGGGAACGAACCUGGCGGCACCCCUGGUUUACUCCCCCAGCCAUAUUACUGGUGGGAAGCCGGCGCCAUGAUGGGAGCUCUGGUUGAUUACUGGUAUUACACUGGUGACACGAAAUGGAACGACAUCACACAGCAGGGUCUUCUUUUUCAAGUUGGCCCGAAUAACGAUUAUAUGCCGCCAAACCAGACACUGACAGAGGGAAAUGACGAUCAGGGGUUUUGGGGAAUGGCAGUCAUGUCGGCUGCCGAGUACAACUUCGACAACCCGCCAGCAGACAAACCACAAUGGCUAGCCCUAGCACAGGCCGUAUUCAAUACCCAAGCCGCGCGUUGGGACACUGAGCACUGCAACGGGGGCCUCCGAUGGCAAAUAUUCACUUGGAAUAACGGGUUCGACUACAAGAACAGUAUAUCCCAGGCGUGCUUCUUCAACAUCGCCGCUCGCUUGGCGCUGUACACAAACAACCAGAGCUAUGCCGAUUGGGCGGUAAGGACCUGGGACUGGAUGGUUGACUCGAAGCUGCUGAACCUGGAAAGCUGGUACAUCUACGACGGUGGAGAUAUCGACGACAACUGCACUAAGCUCACACCCUACCAAUGGUCUUACAAUGCUGGCGGCUUCCUGCUCGGCGCUGCAGCCAUGUACAACUAUACCACGGGCGACACGCGGGAAAUGUGGAGGGAGCGUGUCGACGGCCUGUUGAAUGGAACUAAGGUCUUCUUCACUGGCAACGAUAGCGACAUUAUGACCGAAGUGGCCUGUGAGCCGGUAGAUUUGUGCGACCUUGACCAACAGAGUUUCAAGGCGUACCUGAGCCGUUGGAUGGCAGCUACCACAAAGUGGGCACCCUGGACAUUCGAUCGCAUCAAGCCGCUUCUCAGAUCUUCCGCUGUGGCGGCAGCAGCUCAAUGCACAGGCGGCGACAAUGGCAAGAUGUGCGGGCUCAAGUGGACGACCGAUGGCAAAUGGGACGGCUCAACAGGUGUUGGCCAACAGAUGGCUGCCAUGGAGGUCGUGCUCGCGAACAUGAUACAGGAAGUCACCGCGCCAGUCACGAACUCUACUGGUGGUACGAGCCAGGGCGACCCUUCUGCUGGCGGCUCAGAUGUAGGACGAACAGAUCCUUUCAGCAUUCUUGAUGAGAUGGACCCGAUCACUACGGCUGACAAAGUCGGUGCGUACAUUGUUACGGUUGUCUUAAUCUUGUCACUGUUGGCUGGAAUGAUCUUCAUGCUUCUCGACGAGACGAGCGACAAAACGAUGCGUGAGCAGUUUGCAGGCGUGAUAUUCGCAGCGCCAGGCCACGAGAUCGUCGAUCGGGUGAUGGUGAUGAAGUGCGUGAAGCCUGGCGUCCCAGACGAGCUACACAGGAUGAUGAUUUUGGAGGUGCUCACGACCCAAGACGAGGAAGUGGUGCAGGCUUUGGCAUCAUAG